AUGGCCACCGCCGAAGAAAAUAUAAGUUCAGAAAAGCCAAAGAUACCGAAGCGUAGAUUUAUAGGUAAAAAGACAUCUACAACCACAUCCACCAGUCAACCUGGUGAACAACCCCUUAUCAAAACCGUCAAUCCAAAUCGUCAUAUCGGAAGAGUAUUAAAUCAGAUUCCAGAUGACAUUUUAAACGAUAAAGAUUUAAACAACGCUAUUAACCUCUUACCUUCAAACUAUAACUUCGAAAUUCAUAAAACUGUCUGGAACAUCAGAAAAGCUAAUGCCAAACGAGUAGCAUUACAAAUGCCAGAAGGUUUAUUAAUAUACAGUUUAAUCAUAGCGGAUAUUUUAGAACAAUUCUGUCAGGUUGAAACUCUCGUUAUGGGAGAUGUAUCCUAUGGUGCAUGCUGUAUUGACGAUUAUACUGCGCGUUCUUUAGAUUGCGAUUUUAUUGUUCAUUAUGCACAUAGUUGUUUAGUACCAGUUGAUGUUACAAGUAUAAAAGUAUUGUAUGUUUUCGUUACCAUUACAAUCGAUGAGACUCAUUUAAUCAAGACCAUCAAAUUGAAUUUUGAACGUGGGACACAAUUAGCUGUAUUUGGAACUAUUCAAUUCAACCCCACCAUUCAUUCAAUCAAACAGAAACUUGAAAAUGAUUCGGAGAAACCAAUCUAUCUUAUCCCACCACAAACAAGACCACUUUCCAAAGGUGAAGUGUUGGGUUGUACUUCUGUAAGACUAGAUAAAGAACACAUCAAAGGAAUGAUAUAUGUCGGAGAUGGAAGAUUUCAUCUUGAAUCAUCCAUGAUACAUAAUCCGGAAAUACCGGCAUACAGAUAUGAUCCAUAUUCCCGAAAGUUCACCAGGGAGUAUUAUGACCAAAAGCAAAUGAUCAAUGUUAGACAGGAUGCUAUUAAUGUAGCCAAAAGAGCCAAGAAGAUUGGACUUAUUUUGGGAGCAUUAGGUCGUCAAGGGAAUCCAAUCACCUUAGACAAAUUGGAACAACAGCUCCUGGCCAAGGGGAUUCAAGUUGUGAAGAUUAUAUUGAGUGAAAUCUUCCCUCAGAAGUUGUCAAUGUUUGACGAUAUAGAUGCGUUUGUACAAGUUGCAUGUCCAAGAUUGUCUAUUGAUUGGGGAUAUGCGUUUAACAAACCAUUAUUGACUCCAUAUGAGGCAAUGGUAAUGUUGGAAAAAGAUGUUAUGGGUAAUGAGAAAUAUUAUCCUAUGGAUUAUUAUUCCAAAGAUGGAUAUGGUAGAGGACAAUUACCAGAUCAUAGUAAAUUCAUUAAUAUAUAA